GAUGUCGAAGAUAUCGAAUUAUAAAUGCACGGGUAGUGUUGGAAUAGGGUGAAAAUAUGAACAGCAGAAUCCACAAAUCUGAGAAGCAAUAGCAACAAGAAAGUACAACAUCUUCAAUCCUCAACCACGAGACAAACAGAAGCAAAACACUCAUGGAGGUGAAAAAAGCUGCAACGCAUCCUGGUACCCAGGGUACCCAGGGGAAAGCCCACCGCAAGAUUCAAAAGCUGACCUCCAAGGGCAGUCGCUCUGCGGGGAAAGGCUCGGUUUCAGCAGAGGACAAGGAGCCAAGUCUAGAGGAGAUCAGUCCCCACGAGAUGGAAGGAAGUACCCACAGCUCUCAGGAACAGAGACAGAGCAUGCGGUCCGGCUCAGGUGGGGCCGAGGCCGGGGGAUCUAAGACGUAUCCACGUUCGUCGAUGCUGGCCCGGGGUAAGACGGCGGCAGAUCGGCUGGGCCGUUUCACUCAGGGCGUGAAAUCGAUGGGUCACUGGUCUUCUUCGGAUACGGCGCAAAAGGCCCAAGAUAAGCUCGGCGAAGGUGCCCAACAAGCCAAGGGCAUGGCACCUGCUCAAGAAGACACUGCUGGCUCUGGCUUGGAAGAUGUCCAAGGUAGCGUGUUCAGCCUAGCGAGUCUAGAGGGGCUCAGUGUCGAGGAAGGAGGCAUGAUAAUGAGUUCGGCGGGGCAGCCGAUUGGGGAGGUGGUCGAGGGAGAUCCCGACGACCUUGUCGGCCAGACUGUCGGCAAGAAUGGAGAAAUUUUGGACGAAGAUGGGGAUCUAAUUGGACGUGUGCAGCUCCUGGAGAAGGAGGCAGAACCAGCAUCCGGAGAAACCCUCGAUGCGGGAACAUCUGAGCAGGGUGAAAGCCUUCCCGAUAUGCCCACUUCCGAAGAGGGUGGUCAAGAUCAAAUGGGACAAGAAGAAGCCCAGGAAGGGAUCAAGAUGGAGGACACCACUGCUCCAACCGAGCCCGAUCAAACUGUGGAAGAGCAAGAGGCAAGCGACGCAGGUCAGUCCUUGGAAGAGCCACCAGCAAGCGAAGCGGACCAAACCCUACAGGAGCAACAGCCAGGCGGAGAGGAAGAAGUCGCCAGCGAAGGCGGGCUUGAGAUUCCAGAAUCUGCGCAGCGCGAGGGGGCGGAAGAAGGAGCAGAAGAAGAAUUAACAGGAGAUAAAGAAGUGGGAGCAGGAGUCGGGGAAGAAGGAGUGGGCGAAGAAGCACUGGGGGAAAAGGGGGUGGGCGAAGAAGGAGUGGGCGAAGAAGGAGUGGGCGAAGAAGGAGUGGGCGAAGAAGGAGUGGGCGAAGAAGGAGUGGGAGAAGAAGGAUUGGGAGAAGAGGGAGAGAAAGAAGGAGAAGAAGGAGAAGAAGAAGCUCCAGAACUACCAGACAUCUCCACACUCGAAGGGCUCACCUGCACCAAAUUCGGAGGCAUCGUGGAUUCCAAAGGUGCCCUUCUCGGCGAGCUGGUCGAGGGUGAUGCCAAGAAGAUCUUCCGUGGAAAGUAUCAGCUCGAUGACCAAGGCCAGUUCUGGGAUCAGCGCGGGAAGGUUGUGGGCAAGGCGAGGCCUCUCCCGGUCGAGGAAGACGAACUUGGUCCGUUCGCCGACCUGGGUGAUCUGCAUGUAGCCGAGGAUGGGUGGGUUGUGAAUGAAGAAGGCCGACGGGUAGGCCAGGUGGUCGAAGGGGACGCGCGGAAACUCCGCGGCCGUGCAGUCGACGAGGAUGGCGAUAUCCUGGAUCGGCGAGGAAAUCCGUUGGGCCGUGCAGAGCCGUGGGAAGAGCCAGAAGAGGCCGAGGGUGAGGAGGCUGAGGAGCCAGAGGAAGAAGGAGAGGAUCUGUCGAUGUUGGCCGGUAAAAAGGUGAAUAAGCUAGGCAACAUUGUCGACGAUGCUGGUGUGAUAUUCGGAAGGCUGGUAGCUGGAAAUCCACGCAAGCUGGCUGGCAAGUCGGUGGACGAACAGGGUCAAGUGUGGGACUCAGCAGGCCGCGUCGUCGGCCAAGCAGAGCUUCUCCCAGCUGAAGAACGAGACCGGCCUGAGGGGCCCUUCUCUGGCCUCGAAGGCUUGGUGGUUGGCAAGGAUGGGUUGGUGAUCGAUGAGAACGGUGACACUGUCGGGCGCUUGGUGAGUGGGGAUCCUCAGCGUCUGCGUGGGCGUGCCGUCGACGAAGACGGGGAGAUUCUCGACAAGUCAGGCAAUGCGAUCGGCCAGGCUGAACCGUGGAGCCCUGAAGAGCCAACCCGCGAAGUCAGCCCCAUGGCUGGUCGGAAAGUGAACCGUGAUGGCGAGGUUCGUGAUGAGAAUGGCAAUGUGAUCGGCAAGCUGACCCAAGGCGAACUCUCCAACUUGAUCGGUCGGACUGUCGACGAAAACGGUUAUGUGGUUGACAAUGAUGGUAACAAGAUCGGUGAAUGCACCCUCUUGGAGAACAUCCCCCCUGAGCCGGAGCCGGAGUCUGAGCCUGAACCUGAACCGGAGCUGUCGCCCGAAGAACGUGAAAAACAGGCCCGUGAAGAAAGGGAUCGAGAGCUGGCAAAGAAGAUGGCUUCCAUUGUACAGCAGACGCUGGACUCGAUUGAGCCCUUGUGCAAACAGAUCACUCAGGUAAGCGAAGACUCUUGAACAGAUCGGCUUGUAAACCAUUUGGGUUACUAAACCUGUUUGAUUCGAUAGCAUAUUGAGCGAGCCAACAGCACUCCCAAGGAGGAGCUAGACGAAGAGCAGCUUGUCAAGCAGGUCAAGCCGCUGAUCGAAGAGGCCGGUAAUGGCUUGCAGGAGUGCAAAGGU